UCGCCUGCCCGUGUCUCUGGCUAAUUGCGCUGCUCUCUCUUUUUGCCAAACUGUUUGCGAAUUGGUCGCGGUCCAUUCGCAUCGCAAUCGUUCAGUAGCUAAGGGAAGCGUUCGCCUGUCAGACGUUGUCUGCAUCUGCCCCAGCAAUUUUCGACUGUCCUGGCAUUGGCGUUGGCAUUUCAUUUGAUUAAUAUUGAUCAAUUGAUAAAUACGCUUACACUUACACACACACACAUACAUUCUCUAGCCAUAAAUUCUGACAUAAAUGUUGGAGCUCUGACGCCAGCUGAAUAGCUGCCGCCGCCCACUAGUUUGUUAGUCGCAUAGUACAAAUUGUAUAGGAUGAGCCUACAAUCGAUCAAAUAUCAGCGUGGCAGCCUGGAGAUACUUGAUCAGCUGCUGCUGCCCGUCGUCUCCAAGUAUGUAACCGUGCGCGGUGUUGAGGACGGCUGGAAGGUCAUCAAUAAGAUGCAGGUACGGGGCGCUCCGGCCAUUGCCAUUGUGGGCUGCCUCUCGCUGGCCGUCGAAAUCUAUCCGGAGGAGUUUGGCAGCAAGAAAUCGCUGCGUCAGGAAAUUGAGGGCAAGCUAAACUAUUUAGUCUCCGCACGGCCCACAGCGGUCAACAUGAAAAUUUCCGCCGACGAGCUAAUCACGCUGGCCAAUGAGCUGACCAAGGAUGAUAACGUGACGGUGGAAGACAUGAAGCAAAGAUUCCUGAACGCCACCGAGGCCAUGCUGGAAAAAGACAUUGCCGACAAUCGCGCGAUUGGCGCCAAUGGCGCCAAGGCCAUACUUGGGCAUGUAGCAGAUACGACUAGUGCGGCCGCAGCUGGUCCUGUGCGUGUGCUGACGCACUGCAACACGGGAUCCCUAGCCACAGCAGGUUACGGCACAGCGCUGGGCGUAGUGCGGCACCUCAGCGAACUGGGCAAGCUGGAGCACGUUUACUGCACGGAGACACGGCCGUACAACCAGGGUGCACGCCUAACCGCCUACGAGCUGGUGCACGAAAAGCUACCCGCCACCCUGGUGCUGGACAGCAUGGUAGCGGCGCUGCUGCGUGUGAAGAAUGUAGCUGCUGUAGUCGUCGGCGCCGAUCGGGUGGCUGCCAAUGGUGAUACGGCCAAUAAAAUUGGCACCUACCAAAUAGCCGUUGUGGCCAAGCAUCAUGGCGUGCCCUUCUAUGUGGCCGCACCGUUGACCUCCAUCGAUCUGCAGAUACCCAGCGGUGAUCACAUUAUAAUCGAGGUGCGACCCGAUCGCGAAAUGACACACGUGGGCGAGCAUCGCAUUGCGGCGCCGGGCAUCAAUUGCUGGAAUCCCGCCUUCGAUGUAACGCCCGCCUCACUUGUAACUGGCAUCAUCACUGAGCAUGGAGUCUUUAAGCCGUCAGCGCUCAAGGCGGAGAUUACCAAGCUGCUUGAUUUAUAACAGCCGCACAAUUUGUUGCUGCUGUUGUUGUUAAUAUUUGCGUUGAACGAAUGCACUCCAGUUGCAAAGAGCACCACACAGAAACACACACGGAACCACAAACAUAUGGGCGACCAGCCAACUGGCUUUUGUAUAUGUAAAUCGGCGCUGAACGAAAAUACAAUGCACAUUAUCUUUACACAAUAA